ACGACGGGGCAUUAAAGUCUCCGACGUCGAACAGUUCGCGUGCGCGAGCUCACCUCCGUAUACGCGCGUACAUGUCUCGCGAUCGUAUAUCAUAAGCGUGCGAUAAUAAUAAUACUAAUAUUGAUAGUAAUGCGAUAUCAGUCGUACGCGACGGAAUUUGAUAAGUUGCGACAGCAGUGCGUUGUGCUUACAGGCCGGUCUAAAAAUAGUCCCAGACCGCCGUGCUUUACGACCGUACCGUAGUUACGACGCGUAUAAAAUACAUUAUUAACAUCCGUAUAAUAUCGACGGACCUGCUGCGACUGCGUACCCUAAUAAUAUGCACGCGUCGUGAUCUCCGUCAAUAUAAUACUUCUACGUGUUGUCUUGCAGAUAAUAUUUUGAUCCGAUCGAUGUCCGUCGUCGGUCGGUAACUGCGUCGCGGUGGCGCGCGAAUUUCGUCGGCCCUCAGCGGGCGUGACGCGUUAGUGACGACAACGCAACGCGGACAGCCGACCGCGGCUGGAGGUAUACGGACGCCCCCGGGGGCAUGCCGCCGGUUUCGUAGGGCUCCACCGGCCCAUUAUGCGCACAGUCCGGACGGGUAUCAUCAUCAAGGCGUUGUUUUGGAACAUUUUGUUGGCCGUCAACUUCAGGGCAUUGGCAAGCGCUUUUGGAGCCCAAGUGAUUUGCAACAAGAUAGUCGGACUGACGGCGGGUCAACGGAGGAUUUGUGCCGCUGCGCCUGACGCGAUGGCCGCCGUCGGUCACGGCAUACGGAUGGCCAAACAAGAAUGCCAACAACAGUUUAGUACACAUCGGUGGAACUGUACGGGACCGUCGAAAGGCAACCCGUUCGGACACUUACAAAUUACCGCUAGCCGAGAAGCGGCUUACAUGUACGCUGUGAUCAGCGCCGGUGUGACGUACGCGCUGAUGGACGCGUGCAGCAGGGGCAACAUAUCCAUAUGUGGAUGUGACGCGCAUUACCCUAGCGCCCUGGAUGACGGACCAGCGGCGGCCGCGUGGAAAUGGGGUGGAUGCAGCGUAGACUUGGGCUUCGGCAUGGGGUUCGCUCGGAAGUUCCUGGACGCCCAGGAAUCGGACGCCGGCGAUUCCCGGAGUCUGAUGAACUUGCACAACAACAAGGCCGGCAGAAAGAUUGUCAAGAUGCUGUUGAACACUGACUGCAAGUGUCACGGGGUGUCAGGGAGUUGUACAAUGAAGACGUGUUGGCACAGUCUGCCGCACUUCCGGGAAGUCGGCAAGGCUCUGAUGCGAAAGUAUCGAAAGGCGCGCAGCGUCCAGGCCGCGGGGGCUGUGGCUGUCGUCGGCGGUGGUAAUCCGCAAAGGGCUUCUGGCAAACGGUCGUCAAGACGAAUGAGGCUCAGGCUCAGGUCGGCCAGGUCAGCUGCGGCGGGGUCGGUGGACGAGGAGGAGCCGAAGAUCACCGAGCUCGUCUACCUGGAACAGUCACCUAACUACUGCGACAGGGACUUUGGCACCGGGUCGCUGGGCACGUACGGUCGUUCCUGUAACCGGACUUCUGAUGGCACGGACGGCUGCGAUCUGAUGUGUUGCGGACGCGGGUACAACACGCACCAGUUCACCAGGACCAAACAGUGUCGGUGCACAUUCUAUUGGUGCUGUUACGUCAAAUGCGACACGUGCGUGGAAAGGACCGAAGAAUACAGUUGUAAAUGACGUGCUCAUAUUAUGAAUUAUGUAAAUUAUAACAUAUAACAAAACGUGUACCUUACUCGUUAUGUUGUUAAUAAACUUAUCAUAUCUUUUUAGUUUUGUA